CAUUCUUCUCUUUACGAAUGAAAUACUACCAGCUGCCCUGCCCCUUUGCGAUCAGAACAGAAAGCUGACAGAAGUGUGAGGAGAAUGUGGGAACUACGAUAGAAGCACAUGUGUGCGUCCCGGGGAAGAUUUGUUAUAGCCAUGCUGCAAGCAGUGCGAGCCCUGAUGAUCGUGGGCAUUGUUCUGGGGGUCAUCGGCAUCCUGGUGUCCAUCUUCGCCCUGAAGUGCAUUCGCAUUGGCAGCAUGGAUGACUCUGCCAAGGCCAAGAUGACUCUGACUUCUGGGAUUAUGUUCAUCAUCUCAGGAGUCUGUGCAAUCAUUGGUGUGUCUGUGUUUGCCAACAUGCUGGUAACCAACUUCUGGAUGUCCACGGCCAACAUGUACAGCGGCAUGGGUGGGAUGGUGCAGACCGUUCAGACCAGGUACACUUUUGGUGCAGCUCUGUUUGUGGGCUGGAUCGCUGGAGGCCUCACACUAAUUGGAGGUGUGAUGAUGUGCAUUGCUUGCCGUGGCCUGACUCCUGAUGACCGCAACUUCAAAGCCGUGUCCUACCACGCUUCUGGCCAAAAUGUUGCCUACAAGCCUGGAGGCUUUAAGGCCAGCACUGGCUUUGGGUCCAACGCCAGAAACAAGAAGAUAUAUGAUGGGGGUGCCCGCACAGAAGACGAUGAACAAUCUCAUCCUACCAAGUACGACUAUGUGUAGUGCUCUAAGACCGCCCCCCCAACAUGUGUGCAGAAGAAACCCUUCCCCAAGGAAAGCUCACCCCAAAGCAAGGAGAUUCUACCUUGUUCCCUUGUUGCUUUUGACUGACGGUUGAAAGUUGGUAAAGUCUUAAUUUCAUCUGUGGGGAGGCUAGACAGUCUUGGCCACACGUCUCUAAAUACUCCAUCACAAAACAACCGAGUUACCAUUUACAGGUUAAGAGACCACCACACCCACCCUUCCCAAUCCUCUGUUUUUUUACCAUAGUAAAUCUGGUGAUGGAAUGUAAUUCGACUCAUGGACUAAUACUUUGAUAAUUUCUAGAAAUUUAAGCCUGAUGAUGAUCUAUUUCCCAGCUUGACCCCACCCACCCCCCCAGGGAAAUUUUAAAAGAAAAAAAUAGAUUAAAAGGCAUUAUUUACUACUCAAUUUUGCCUUACCAACCUCACUGAUAAUAAUGAACACCGAUUAGAGAAAGAAUGCUAGAGGAAAGAUGGUUGUGGCCUCCCCAGUCUGUCAUCUGAACCCUUCAUACAUGGUGAUCUAGAACAUUAUUAGCCACGGUGAUCUUCAAGGAGGCAAACAAGUCCUGUCUGCUUCUCUUGGCAUCUGCUGACUCUAACAAGACCGUUUCAGAACUUUCCACUGGAAGUCCUCUUCCUCUCAGAAGUCAGAAAUUCUCCCUAGAAGAAUAAGAAAUAAAUUCUUUUGGUAACCUGAGUCCUACGUAUAAUAUUACAUAGUGUAUUAGAAAAAUGGUAUGAUAUCUCAGUGAAUUAGUUUCAGCCUUACAUAUAGAAAAAUCCGGGAAAAGAAUCACCCCUUGACAUUGUCUAUAGUGUAAGAUCCUACAGAAAUCCAAACUUCAACAAAAGCUCAACUGAUCCUAAUUGUUUUCUUUUGAGGUCUCCACAACCUUAAUACCCACAGAUGCAGCCUUUGUUUAAAAGGAAAAAAAUCAAAUCCUAGAAAGUAGCUUAAAACUUGUUCUUAAAAAAAAGUGAUCCUGUGUGUCGGACAUAGCUACAGUCCCUGCCAGUCGACAGGGCCCUGCGGUCAGUUUUGUGGUUCUGACAGCAGUGCCAGGCAUUAAUAUGCAGACCACACCCUUCUCUGUGCUUGUAGGACUACCCUGUUAAGGAGAAAACAUGAACUCCAUCUCAGUGUACAGCCUGAAAACUCCCAGGAAAUGGAGACAGGGUGCUCUCUAAAACCUACCUGAGCCUGGAACAGCCCUAGUGCUGUAAGAGUCUGGCCAUCGGGUUGCUAUGGAGAAAAGGAGCAGUCCUUACAUUAAUAGUGCAUAUCUAAGUGACCAGGCUGGGAGGGUGUAUUGGGGGGGGAUACUCAGGGAUGGCUCUGGUCUGCACAGACCAUCUAAGGAGCUGUGCUAACCAAGAGCUGGGAUAAUACACAGUCGUACACUGGUGUCCCAGUGGUUUUAGCUUAUAUUGAAGAAGGCCCUCCUGAAACUCAAUAUUUGAAAUGGCGUAAAGCAUGAACAGAUCAAACAAUUUAAGGGGAUGGGGGAGGGGAAAGGAGGUACAAUGAGCAAUCUAGGCAUAAAGAUUGUUAGGGUUCAUGGGGUCUGAAUGGAAGGUCAUCCCUUUGAGGCCAUGGCCACAGUGUGCCCCCCCCUACGUGCCCACGCACCAGAAAGUCUCUGGUCAAAUUAGAGGCAGCGAGAAGCAGCUGUUUUCAGUCAGUGGGUCUCUGUGUGGCACCUGGUUGUUUCAAAGUUUCCCUCUACACCGCGCUUCGCCAUCUAUCGCCAUUGCUGUCUCAUUGUAUGCGUUGAGUAUUAACCUCCAUGUUUUGUAACUUAAAUAUUAAAACACUGUUGACUUCC